AUGCUCAAAUUCAUUGCUCAAUUGAUCUUCGUUCUAUUGACACUCUCUGCUGGAGUGAUCAAUAUUUUUGUCAACAUUAGUGCCAUCAGCACAGAUUUGGUACCAUCAGCACUCAAAUACAUUACAGUAGAUACUUCUCUACUGGGUCAGUCGCUCUCUAGUCAAAAUGCCGAGUUAGAUAGUCUUUACACAACAAACUCGGACGACCCUCUCGGACAAGGGUUAGGGGUUAGACAGGACUACUACUUCGGUCAAUAUGCCUAUUGUGGUACACUUGAGGGUAGACGAGAUGGUGUAUGCCUGUUAGGGAGAGACUCGGGCUCGGAGUUUAUCUCCAGACUCGAUCCGUACACCUAUAUAAUUAAUGACACACCGGAGAAUCUUAAAGACGGUGUCAGGUCCCUCCUCGAAGCUCCCGAUACAACUUUUACAGCCAGUGACUAUCUGAGAAGGUACAGUGCUGCAGCCUACUGGCUCAUUUUCCUCUCUGCCAUCUUCACAGGUGUUGCUCUCUUCACCGGUGUCGUGCCUACGCGUUACACAUUCUUCUUUGGUGGAGUAUUUUGUCUGCUUGCAUUUUUGACUGUAGCUGUUGGUGCAGCAAUACUUACAGCUUUGAUUGCAAAAAUCAGGCAUAUCAAUGGAGAAGCGCUGGGAGUUUAUGUCCACUUUGGCGUGUCAUUGUGGUUAGUCUGGAUUACAGCAUUUGUUCUCAUGAUAGCUACACCUUUCUACUUCUUAGCGUGA